GCAGAUUGUCCUUGAUCACUCUGAACAUUGCAUCGAGUGUGAAGGGCGGAUAAUAUAGAGAGAGGGAAAUCUAUUCGGUUUACACCCAUUCCACUUGUCAGUUCGCGUAGUUGAUGUUGAGAGGCUUUUCCCGACACUUUCAAUUUAAAGGCUGUCUCAAAUAUUAUUUGAAAACUUUCAUCCAGAAGUCUUCCUUGUCGUCUGUGAUAAUGAGCAAAAAGUUCAAUGUUGUGUUUGUUCUUGGAGGACCAGGUGCUGGCAAGGGCACGCAAUGUGCCAAUAUAGUGAAAAAUUUUGAUUAUGGACAUUUGUCUGCUGGAGAUCUCCUAAGGGCCGAGCGCAGUGACCCUAAUUCUCAGUAUGGAGCGUUGAUUGCUAAUCAUAUUAAAGAGGGCAGCAUUGUGCCUGUCUCAAUCACUUGCGCCCUACUCAAGAAGGCAAUGGAAGCCAGUGGUAAAAAUAAUUUUCUUAUUGAUGGAUUUCCUCGCAACAAAGACAACUUGGAUGGCUGGGAACUUGAGAUGAAGGAAACUGCUACAGUGAAAUUUGUUCUCUAUUUCAGCUGCAGUGAAGAAGUCUGUGUACAGCGUUGCUUGAAACGAGGGGAAACAAGUGGUAGAACUGAUGACAAUGAGGAAUCUUUGAGAAAACGUAUCGUGACUUUUAACAAUUCAACCAAGCCCGUUAUUGACCAUUACAAAAACUUAGGUUUAGUCAAGGAAGUUUUGGCUGAAUCAGGUCCUUCUGAGGUUUUUGAGGAAGUAAAAACUCUUUUUAAUAACUUAUGAAAAGAAAUGAACACGUCAUUUGUUUUUAUUGGAACCAAAGGGAAGCAAUGCACCAAUUCUCUAUCUAUUUAAAUCUGUGGAAUUUUUUGUUAAUUUUUAGACAGCUGUCAUUUCCUUCAUAUACAUUUUGUUUUAUAUUUGUUUCUUUUAUAUUUUUGUUUCUUUUUAUUUUCCCUUCUCCAUAUAAGGUUAACAAAAUAAAACCCUAACUUUUCCAGGGCACUUGGGCAGUUUAUACACAUUUAUUAUUCAAGUGCAGAAACAACCCCACACAAUAGCUGUUGUCAUUGUGUGUCCCUUGUCUAUUGAUACCACUAUCUUGCUUCUAGAAAUAUCUAAUGAUUUACAUUGCAAUAUUUUAUUGCAUUGAGUUCCCUUAAAGUUAUGAAAUAAUUGUUGGAAAACCGAAUAGUGUAUUGGUGAAUGGUGACAGUCCUAUUGUUAAUGGUUAUAGUAUAUUGGUCACCAAGGGUGUUCCUAUAGCUAUAUACCACUUUACAAACAUAAAAUGGGUGUUGUUCACAUGGUCAUGAGGUCAUUUAAAAAUUCGAGUGGGGGUGCUUUAAUGGUUUUCAGCUAUUUUAAUAUGUGUUCAUGUAUUUACAGAAUUUAAAAUCAUUGUACGGACAAAAUAUAUACAUAUAUAUUUAACAAUUUCUUACUAGUUUUUGUUUUAUUCAAAAUAUAUUGAUGCUAUGAAGCAGUUUUUUUUUUUUUGCCUUUCAGAUUUUAGCAUUUUCAUUCUGAAGACUUGCUAUACACUAAAGCAUAAUCUUUUAUAUAGUCUCUUAACAUUUUCAUUGAAAAAUUGCAAAGCCUUACAAUCAGAGUCGUUCUAAUUUUCCCAUCGGAAAAUAUUUUGUCAAUCCCUGUAUCUUAAAACUAUGAUCUUCAAAUAGAAAAAUCAGGAAAAGAGAAUCCAAGAUAAAUUUUAUUCAUUCAUGAAAUUUCUAAAAUCUUGUAAUUAUUAAUGAAAAAAAGUGGUCUUUGGCAUAGUAAAUAGUAACUUUACAAAUAAGUUCAGAACUUCUAAGUUUUUGACUAGCAAAGAAGCAACAUCUCAUUAGAAAAAAUUGAUCCAAUUAGGCUAAAACACAUCUACAUCUGGCUUAAAAUAUUUACAUUGCUCAGCAUUAUUGCCAAUACGUCCAUUAUAAAAGAGAAAAAAUUAAAAAACCCAGGUAUUUAUUAUUUAUUGCAAAAAGAUGACAACAUAUAUAUUUCCUCUUGUCCCUUAUUAAACUUAUGUGAAACAUAAA